AUGUCGGAAUCUGUUUUAGGCUCUUCAGCUCGUCAACGCUUAGAAUCAUUUCUUUUACUUUCUAAGUCUGCUAAGGGCGGCGCAUGUGUACAACUGAUCAAAGAUGCUUUAGGAGCUCCAGGUGUUUAUGUAUUUGCAGAACUGUUGGACAUGCCAAAUGUUGCAGAGCUUCGAAACAGUGAACAAUACCAAUCCUACCACACAUUGUUAAGGCUUUUCUCAUAUGGAACUUAUAAAGAUUACAAAGAUAAUGUUGAAACAUUACCACCAUUGGAUGAUGCGCAAUUAAACAAACUUAAACAUUUGUCAAUUGUCUCUUUAUCCGAAGAAGCACGAACAAUUCCAUAUGAUACGUUAUUAAAAUACCUUGAUAUACCUAAUGUUCGAGAACUUGAAGAUUUAAUUAUCGAUGCAAUAUAUCAAGAUGUUAUUAAAGGUAAAUUAGAUCAGAAAAGAAAGCAACUUGAGGUUGAGUAUACAAUGGGAAGAGAUUUACGUCCAGGGCAAAUAGAUCAAAUGUUACAAGUUUUAAGUGCCUGGUCUCAAACAUCCGAAGAAAUUCUAAAAUCAAUUGAUGCAAAAAUCAUUAAAAUUCGUGAUGACGCUACAGAAAAUAUGAAAAAGAAGGAAGAAUAUGAAAAAGAGGUGGAAAGAUUAAAGAAAGAAGUUAAAUCAAACCCAAAGGGGGCAGAUAAUAUCGAUUUUAUUUCAGGAAAUUCUAUUGAUCAACAUAAUAGCAUGGAAUAUCAUGAUGAAAAUUUUAAAGGUGGUAGAACAGGAAAAAGGAACCCAUCUCCACAAUCACCAAACUAUAAUCAAUUACAACGUCAACAACAAGCUUAUCAGCGUAAUGAUCAUCAAACUGUUAAUUUCGAAGAUGAUUACUAUGAUCAAAAACCAUCAACAAACAAUAAAAUGCAAGAGAAAAUUAAUAAAAGAAAGUCAAUUCGUCAAGUAGAGCCUAUUAAAGGCAACUUGGUUCUUGAUUUUCCUGUACCAGAUAAAGUACUUAAUAAUGUAAGUAUAAAAUCCGGCGAAGAAUUUACAGAAAUGAGAUAUACAGCAGUUACUUGUGAUCCUAAUGAUUUUGUAAGUAAUAAAUAUUUACUUAGACCAUACAUUUAUGGACGCAAAACAGAACUGAUGAUUGUUAUGACAAUGUAUAAUGAAGACGAUAAUCUAUUCAUUAAAACUAUGUCAUCAACAAUCAAAAAUAUCGCUCAUUUGUGUACAAGAGUUAAAUCCAAAACUUGGGGUAAAAAUGGUUGGCAAAAGGUUGUUGUUGUCGUUGUGGCUGAUGGUCGUAAUAAAGUUAAUCCCAGAGUAUUGAAAGUUUUAGGUGCAAUGGGUGUUUAUCAAGAAAAUGUUAUGCAAGAUACUGUUGCUGACAAACCUGUCACUGGUCAUUUGUUUGAAUUUACUUCUCAAUUGAUGGUGGAUUCUGAAUUUAACAUCAAAGGUCAAGAUAAAAAUAUUCCACCGGUUCAAAUUUUAUUUUGUCUAAAAGAGAAAAACGCAAAGAAAUUGAAUUCUCAUCGUUGGUUCUUUAAUGCAUUUGCUGCUCAAUUGAAUCCAAAAGUUUGUAUUCUGUUGGAUGUUGGCACCAAACCUUCUAGCACUUCGCUUUAUCAUUUAUGGAAAGCAUUUGACAGAGAUCCUAUGAUUGGAGGCGCUUGUGGGGAAAUUAAAGCCGAACUUGGCAAAAAUUGGACUAAUCUUAUCAAUCCUUUGAUUGCAUCACAAAAUUUUGAAUAUAAAAUGUCAAAUAUUUUGGAUAAACCUUUGGAGUCGAUAUUUGGUUAUAUUUCAGUGUUACCUGGUGCCUUUUCAGCCUAUAGAUACAAAGCAUUAAUAAAUACCGCUCCUGGUAAAGGUCCAUUAGCCUCUUACUUUAAAGGCGAGACUUUGCAUGGAGAAGGUGAAGCUGGUAUAUUCGAAGCCAAUAUGUAUUUGGCUGAGGAUCGUAUUUUAUGCUUUGAACUUGUGGCAAAGAAAAAAGAAUCAUGGAAAUUAAAAUAUGUCAAGUCUGCAAAAGCUGAAACCGAUGUACCAGACAAUGUAUCAGAAUUUAUUUCACAACGUCGUCGUUGGUUAAAUGGUUCAUUCUUUGCGGCAUUUUAUUCUGUUGCACAUUUUGGUCGUAUCUGGACUUCUGGUCAACCAAUCUACAGGAAAUUCUUGUUACAAAUUGAAUUUAUUUAUAAUGCCAUCAAUCUGAUUUUCAAUUGGUUUGCCUUGGGUAAUUUCUAUCUUGCGUUCUUCUUUUUAACAUCAGCAACAACAGGAAAUCCUAAAUUUGAUCCAUUCAGAGGUUAUGGUGACGAAUUGUUUGGCCUGGUUAGAUCAGUAUAUAUUAUGGUUAUUGUUACGAUAUUUAUUUGUUCAAUGGGUAAUAGACCACAGGGUUCAAAGAUGAUCUAUUUACUUUGUAUCAUUUUAUUUGCAAUCAUAAUGGCCACCAUGCUUUAUUGCGCAGGUUAUACAGUUUAUCUAAGUUUGUUAGAACCAAAAGAUGCUGUUGAUUUCAAAAGUUUCACUAGUAUAAAAAAUGCUCUUAAAACUGCUGAAUUUCGUGACAUAGUGAUAUCAUUGGCAUCAACCUAUGGUCUUUAUUUCAUUUCAUCUAUCCUUCACGGAGAACCAUGGCAUAUGUUCACAUGUUUACUCCAAUACACAUUAUUAAUACCUUUCUACGUAAACAUUUUAAUGGUAUAUGCGUUCUGUAAUACACAUGAUGUCUCUUGGGGUACAAAAGGUGAUAAUGGUGGUGGAAAUGGCGCAAAUGCAACAAUCGUAGCUGGUAAAGAUGGUAAGAAGUUGAUGCAAGUAGAAGUGCCACACGAACGCGAAGAUAUUAAUGCAAAUUAUGAUAGUUUAGUCAAAGAUUUAAGAGUCAAAGUCAAAGAAUGGUCUUUUUCACAUCAGCUACUUGGAAUAACUAUAUUAGGGAUAAAUCUAAUGCAAAUGUAA